GCCAUUUAAGUAAAAAUUGAAGCGAAAAAAUGAACGAAAAAAGCAUAAACAAAAAGUAUUGUGACGGAAUAAUAAAUUUAAAGCAAAAUUGUUCGUAAAUUAUCUAAGAAAAUCAUAUAAAAAUCGCAUACGAACUGGAAGCGUUCCAUUUGCAGAGAGCAACAAAACGGAAGCUGCCAACAAAAGCAAUUCAAGAAGAGUAGAAAAGAAUGGAUUCUGAGAACACUAAGGAUAUUAACGACAGCAGGAGCACAAGCGAUGCACAACCGGAUGUCAAGCAGCAGUUGCACUUGCAAACGCUCGCUGUGUUGGCGGCCGAAGCCGCUGCUAGAGUUAAGACAGUGCCAGACAUCAGCAAGGACACCAAACUUGUCUUAUCAACAACAACAAUAACAAUGUCACCAAUAGAAGUCGUAGCCAAUAUGGCAGCCGUAAAUCUGCUGGGACGCGAGUACAAUGAUAAACCGCUUAGUCAGAAGUCCGACGACUCGGAUUGUACACUGCAGUCCGACCAAUCAGAAAACAAUGCGCUGAAGGCGAUCGCCACGCAAGCCUCCGUUGACAAGACAUUCGCUGGCAAUCAGACGCUCGACCGCAUACUGCUGGCGCACUCGGAGCAAACGAUAACGACCGCGCAUGUUGAGCUCGACUGCAAUUCGAGUCAACGUGCGGCCCACGAGCUGGUGCUGCAAGCCGACAGCGACUGUCUCAAGCAGAUGAGCUUAACGACGGUGCGAGAUGCUGUCAAUAUGGCCGGUGCGGAAGGCAGCGAGUCAGCGGGCAUCGGCCUGAACGGCAGCAAUGUUGAGGGCGCGCCACAGACUACACCCACCGGCUCCGUACGGUCGAUCGGCUCGCUAGUCUGUCGCAUUUGUCACAAUUCCGAAGAUCCCGAGAGAUUAGUUUCGCCGUGUUUGUGCAAGGGAUCGCUAACAUAUGUGCACAUCCAUUGCCUGGAGCGCUGGAUCAGCACCUCGAGGAGCACCGUUUGCGAGCUCUGCCAGUUCCAGUACAACACCGAGCAGACGCUGAGAUACACGUGCUUUCAAUCGCUGCGUAUGUGGUAUUCCCGCUCGAUGAGCCGACGCGCAUUGCAGGAAGAUUGUCAAAUGUUUUCGUUGCUCACACUGGUCGCCUUCGGCAUCAUCGGUACUCUACUCGUCGGUAUACAGUACUAUUUCUUGCAAGGGCAAUCGUGGCUACUGAGUCGUAUGUGGACCAAAGGAUGGCUUAUAUUCUUUCUAUUCACCACGCUGACUAUUUAUUUCAUAAACAUUUAUAUGAUACUCAAAUCGCAGUUGAGCCCCUGGUAUAGGUGGUGGCAAUCGGCCCGUGACAUCAAACUAAUAUUGGAAAACCGCAAACCCUUCCAAUUUCGCCCGAAUCGACGGCUGCAGAACCAACAGCUCGCACAGGAGCUCUCCGAUAUGGCUGACAUGGCACAGCAACAACAACAACAUGCAUCCACAACAGCCAUUGCACCGCAAGACUCACAAACUUACGCACCGCAGCAGCAACCCUACCAACCGAGCUCGCCCAUACCGCCGACCUUUGCCGCCAUCAGCAUACCGGUGCACAGCGGCUAUACACAGGAGAGCAGUCAGCCGCCCGUAUCGCUGCAUGGCAUUGAGUUGCAACGCAACGGCGACAAUGGCAGCUUCGGUGCCGACGACGACAUUGACACAUUGGGUUGUUGCGACAAAGGGCCGCGGGCAGUGGCCACCUAUAAGGGGGCGGCCGUGGCUGCAUCUGUGGCGUUUCACUGCAAUAAACUGACAACGUCUGCCACAAUUGAGAUCCCGCUCGAGGGUUGCCUUUACGAAUUUGAAACGGCGCUUUAGGUGUGAGUUGGCGCAGGAAGGCGCAUAAUUGACAGUUGGUUAAUAUCGGAGAUCAUGCGUCACGUGUCGUGUGGUGUGAAAGGUCGUGGUGAAUCGAGGCGAAGUUGCGCUUGGGCUGUUG